AUGGACGGAUACCUUGCUAUUCUGAUUGCCAAGAAGGCGGCAUCUGGGUUCACACUCGUCAUCUUCGACUGGGCUUCCUUCGCCACUUCGCGACAGGGCCUGCUCCAAGCGGAGAUCAUGGUGGUGCUUCACCUGGCAGCCUCCCUGGCCCUCCUCGCCAUCGAAGUGCCAAUUUUCAAGAUCCACUUGGGGCUGGUGUCCAGGAAUGAGCUUGCACAAGAGUGGAAGCACAACAUUCACUACAUUGCCAACGGCACGUCACAGGGCGACUCCAUCCCAGUGGAGGAUUUGGAUGAUGACGAGUACAAUGACCUCUUCGACAAGGGAGCCUUCAUCUAUGACCCCACCAGGAACCCGUGGGACAAGGGCUGCUCCAUGAACUGCUGGAACUUCUGGUGCUGGCCGCGCUGGCCGGCAGGAGAGAAAGGAGAGUUCUGA